UAAAAGGCCCCGGCGAAUGCUGCCCCGCCGAGCACCCAGCGCUGCGCUGAGCCCCGACCCUACCUCCAGGAUGAAGAACCCGAUGCAGGAGGUGGUGACCUUCCUGUUGGAGAAGCUGCUCCUCAUCUCCAACUUCAAACUGUUCAGCUCGGGCGAGCCGGCCGAGGACAAAGCCAAGGGCCGGUUCUACGACAUCAGUUCCUUCCUUCGCGGCGACGUGCUGGAGGUGCCCCGGAUCCACUUGACCCAUUACGGUAUCUACCUGGGCAACAACCGUGUCGCCCACCUGAUGCCCGACAUCCUGCUGGCCCUGACCGACAAUCAGGAGCUCACGCAGCCGGUGGUGUCCAGCAAGCGUCUCCUGCUCGGCGUCAUUAGCAAGGUGGCCAGCAUCCGCGUGGACACGGUGGAGGACUUCGCCUACGGAGCCGACAUCCUGGUCAAUCACCUGGACAAGUCCCUCAAGAAGAAGGCGCUGCUCAACGAGGAGGUGGCGCGGAGGGCGGAGAAGCUCAUGGGCUUGUCUCCCUACAGCUUGCUUUGGAACAACUGCGAGCACUUCGUCACCUACUGCAGAUUCGGCACCGCGGUCAGCCACCAGUCCGACAAGUUUUGUGAGAUUGUGAAGAUAAUUAUUCGUGAUCAGAGAAGUGUUCUUGCUUCUGCAGUCUUGGGAUUGGCGUCUAUAGUCUAUCUGGGCUUGGCAUCAUAUGCUACACUUCCUGCAAUUUUUAUUCCAUUUAUCUUAUGGAUGGCUGGCUAA